GAGGUGGGCCCCACUCGGUCCACCAACGGCAGCGCCACGUCGCCUUCUUCCUCCCCAAACGGCAAAGCAGCGCGAACAGAUCUCGUUCUUUCCCCUUACCCUCCAUUAUAUAAGCCGAGAAACUCGGUUUCUGGGCUUUGGGAUUGGGGUUAAAUAUUUCCUCUGAGAUCUAAAUCCGGUUCUUCUACGGUUUUGCCUUUGUGAGAGAUUUCCGUAUGGCUACGUGCUUCGAUCGGUGGGAGAAGGAUCCCUUCUUCGCCGCCGCCGAGGAAGUCCAGGAAGCCGCCGACAGAAUGGAAUCCCUAUAUAGAAGAUGGAUUUCUGAGAGGAAAGCGGCUUCUAGCGACACCGGCAAUGGUGAAGACGCCUCUGGCGAGCUCCUCAGGGAGCUUCAUACGGCCCUUGGAACUGCAAAAUGGCAGCUCGAGGAGUUAGAUCGGGCGGUUAGGUCGAGCGAUGAGGCUUGCUCGGUCGGGGAGGAAACGAGGACCCGGCACAGCCAAUUCGUUGCGGCGAUCGGGAAUCAGAUAUUGCUGGUGGAGAAUUCUUUGAGGGAAUUGACGCGUGAGGGGGGGAAGGCUAUGGCUUGGGUUCAAUUGGAUGAAGGAGAAAGGGAUGAGCUUGCGCUUUUCCUGUCCUGUCCCUUGCCAGAACUAGAGAAAGUGGUGACUGUUCCGUCUGUUGGUGAGGUCAAAUUAGGGGGCAAUCAACUGAGGAUGAAUGGAGAGGCUGAAUGUUCGAAGAAUUGUUUCCUCCUGAAUGAGUCGGGGAGAAGGGAAGCAGAAGAGGAGAAGGUGAAAGGGCACCGGAGGACGGCAAGUGCCAACGCUGAUAUUGGGGUAUGGAAGAUUUCAGUUUCUAACGAGGAUACUCCCAGGAGAUCAUUUGAUGAACGGCCCAACUUACCCCUUCCAAAGAUGCCCAGCUUAUCUUGCUUAACAAGGGCUUUAGAAUCAACAUCUAAGGCGAAAUUGUGUAAAAAUGGCUAUAGGAAAUGGAAAGGUGGGGUUCAACGUGAAGCAGAAGAGUUGAUCCCAUUACGAAACAAUCGAUGGAGUCAAGGAAUUGGUGCAUGCUAUGAGAAAAGUAAGAGCUGCCUAAGUAGUUAUAGUAAUGCAUCUUAUGAUAAGCAGCUCUAUGGGUGGUUUGGAGCUCUUCAAAGACAGCUUCAAAGGUCUCAGUAUCAAAUCCAGUAUGGCCGUCCUAAUCAAACGAUCUUUUGGGUCAUUCUCGUAGUUGUAAUACUAGUCUUAUUGGCAGUAACUGCAAUCUAGUGGAGAUAGACAUAUUGAUAAAUCAUUUGGCAAUUGGAAAAUCCAGGAGUGCGGCUUCCAGCUUUUGAUAUUUGACAAUGUGGAUCUUCAAUGUUGAUUUUCAAAUGCAAUGCUAGUUCUGGACAAAGAGAAAAUCAGAAGAAAGUCUGUGAACUGUUUUCCAUCGGUUACCUUCUUAGCUGCCACUGCAUUUGUGGAUACAUACAAAGAACUACACAAUACACAUGCAAAAGACUGCCCUUGCAAAGACCAGAUGGUUGAACUGCUGUGGUAUGCCUGCCAUCCUGUUAGUUUGUGCCCACCUGGAAAUCUAGUGGAUGGGCAGAUGGGAUCUAUGUAAAUGGUUAAUGACACCAAUGAAGCUUACAAGUCGCUAACUGAAAGCUGUUGAAUUAGGUGGUUGGUCAGGCACUGCACUAAGGGAUGUUUGUUCUUCCAAACAUAUGCUUUGUUUAUGUGAACAACUAGUCAAUUGUCCUGCUGCUGUUGAUUUGAGUUGGGAUUUGUAUUAAGAACCUUCAGUGGGCAAAAAACACAUGCAGGGACGAUCUCAUGGAAGAAACACGAUCAUGCAUUGAAUACAUCCAACUAAAGAGUAGUCUGGAAGACUCGGGCUCGGAGGAUGUCUUCUAGGAUACCCUUGCAGGUUGUUGACAAUUUUUAAGCUUACGACAACCCCAUGCGUCAGAGCUGCAAAUCUUUUUAAGGUUUCUUGUUAGUAAAAGAUCUGUCUGGAAAGCUUUGUCUUGAGGAGCCUUGUCUGUAUUAUGUUGUGAAAGUCCUCUGUAUCCCAAUGCAAAUGUUUUUGUUCCAUUUCCAUAAGAUCACUCUUUGCCUCCAACUUCUAAUGCCAGCAGAGAGGUGUCAAUUGUUGUGCCAGCAAUCUGAGUCUUUUUCCAUCAACUGGCAGUUCAGGAAUACUUGUGCAAUAUCCCAUGCUGACACAUGAAGAGGCAUAGCAAUGGAAUCAUCCCCAUUGUUGAUGCACUUAAUUUUGCAAAUUGCAUGUGCUGCACUGCAUGCAGGAUGGGUCGUCGUUCUGGCAUGAAACUAUCGUGCAGAAUUUUGGGAUUCAUCAUGCAACGUUAGAGGUAGCAGAGUCUACAGAUGACAUAAAAACUUCUAAAUUUGCUUGUGCUUGGGAAGGUCAAUCCAUUUCAUCAAGCUAAGGCCAUAUGUAUGGACUUCUUUUCUUUGUUCCUAUCUGGGACCAAGCAUGUUACUCCAUUGGAUUUCCAGAAGCGGAAAGUAAACUGAAUAGAAAGGACAUGAGGAAAAUGCAGGCUUGGCAUGUCAUGCCGAAUGGACUAUGUUGAUAAUUGUG